AUGGCAGAAGGAGGACAACAAUCAGCCAUGGAGGGAGCCAGCGUCGCUGCUCCAGAAGCUGCUCCGGCACCACAGGAGGGUGGACAAUCGGUUGCACCACCAGUGGAUGCAGGAGCUGGUGGUGAAGCUCCAGGAGGCGGAGUCUCGCAAAUGGGAGGAGCUGUCGGAGUUGGAGGUGGACAGGAGGAAGCCUCGAUUGCGAUGGUUACAAGUACCUAUACCAAAUAUGCUCAGGAUAUCCAGCAGGCUGCAGAAGGAGUCCGUCAACGUGCUCUCGCUCUCCAACAAGAAGGACCUGCCCAACUUCAACAACUCCAGUCUCAACUCCAACCACAAACACAAGAGUUGAUGAGUGCUCUCCAGGAGACUCAAGCCCCCAUCGGUCUCGCAACAUCUUCUGUCGUCGAGAUUUUCGGAUGGUCUUCCAUCCUUCUCCUUGGUGCCGGAAUUGCUUCUAUCGUCGGAGGAUACGUGCUCUCGCCAAUCUUCGGAAUCUUUAUUGGAAGAGCUGGAGCAGCGAUUCUUGCCACUUUGGUGCUCCCUGGCCUCGCUGCCUACCAAUUGAAUGCGGAGGACGGAUCCACUUCGGCCACUCGUUUCCAACUUCUUCUCCUUGCUCUCACUCAAGGAAUCCUUAUGGGUCACUCGAUCUCAUACACCUAUGUGAGUGGUCAACCACUUUCAUUCAUCACUCCAUUGGUCAUUGCUUUCGCCUAUCCAUUGGUUGCUGGACAAGUUGGAUCCGCCCGUGUUCCAUUGUUGGGAGGAGCUGUUGGAGCAGCAUUCGGGGUUCAACUGAUGGCUGGACUUGUCUCUGGAUCCCUUUCGUUCUCCUACUUCAUGUUGGCUGCCCUCUACAGUGCCGCUUCCGGAGCACUCCUUCAGGUUGCUUUCAAGAAUUUGAGCCCACCGACUAGAGCCCACAUGUACCAAAUCCUUCUCGUCGCCUCGUUCCUAUUCUCGAAGGCUUUGGUCUACGGAUUGUUCGGAUCGGCCGAGCCACCAAAGGCUGCCAAGUGA